GGUAGAACAGAUACUUUAUUUUGGAGGAUUCUAUCUUUACCCCCGGCUGGUGCUGAUGCUGGUGAGUAUAUAUAUUCCCUGUAGGAAGGCAGAAGGGUAGGACACUCACAAGGAGAUACAGAGGGGCAGUUAAAGCUGCAAAUCAUAUGAUUAUAAGGAGAAGAAGGGGCGAUAAGAGAGAGACAUGGGAGGCACAAGAGAUGCUGCUAAACUUCCCCGGGUCCUUACAAUCCUCUGCCUUUUCCUCCUGCCCCAAACAGGGUCAGUUCUGGAGGUGACUGCUCCGUCCCCCCACGUUGCCCAGAAAGGAUCCGACACCCUGAUUCCCUGCACAUUCCGUAUUGAUCCAUUCCCUGCGGAUCCCAAACUCUUGAACAUAAAGUGGCACUUUAAUUGGAAGAUACGACUGUCGUGCACUGAUAGUGAGGUGAGCGCCACGGACCCCCGGUUCUCCUUGGACCCCAAUUCCGCUCUGUUGGGAGAGGCCUCUAUGUCUGUCUCUAACGCUCAGAUAUCCGAUGGGGGGACCUACUCCUGCUCCGUCACUUACGGCACCGAGUGGCAAGAGAAGGAGAUCAGGCUUGAAAUCCAAGGUACAAAUAUAUUGCGCCUUCAUUUCAUACUGGGGGGGCAUAAAAUACAGGGGGGGGGUGAUUAA